CCUCUCAGUUGGGAAGGAGGGUGUAUAAAAAAGAAGUGAGCUGACAGGGAGACCACAUCAUCACAAAAACUGUAGAAAGCACAGGACGGUAGAUCUUCUGCAAGGAAGCACAAGGACAUCUACGCCACAAGGAUGAACUCAAUGAAAAGCAAACCAAGGGACGGCACUGACAGUGAUUUGUCUGAGCAGAUAAAAGCAGCCACCAAAGACAGUCACAUCAGAGCUGAAAACACACAACUGAUGCUCAACUACCAGAAAGGACAGAUCACACAAACACAGUAUAAGGUUCUACUGUGUUCCCUGUAUGAGAUCUACCAAGCGCUUGAGGACGAGCUGGACAGGAACUGUGAUCACCCUGCAGUUCAGCCCAUCUACUUCCCUCAAGAGCUGGCUAGACUGGAGUCUCUGGAGCAGGACCUCGAGCACUUCUUCGGACCUCACUGGAGGAAGAGAGUAACAGUGCCUGCGGCCACACACAGAUACACCCAGAGACUGAGAGAGAUUGGUAAGAACAGCCCGAAUCUUCUAGUGGCACAUGCUUACACUCGCUAUCUUGGUGACCUAUCAGGAGGGCAGGUACUGGGCAAAAUUACUCAGAAAUCUUUGGGAUUGAGUGGCAACAAGGGAACUGCAUUUUUCUUGUUUCCUGGAGUGACGAGCCCCAACAGAUUCAAGCAGCUGUACCGGAGCAGAAUGAACAGCAUUGAGUUAACAGAGACAGAGAGACAGGAUGUGCUGGAGGAGGCCACCAAAGCUUUUGAGUUCAACAUUGAGGUUUUCGAUGAUCUACAGAAAAUGCUUAGCAUCACAGAAGAAGCUUUUAGUGAGAAAGGAAAAAACGUAGCAUCCAGCACUCACUCAACAAACUUCUCCAGCUCUCCAGUGCUUCAGUUUGCAUUAGGUGUGGGCGUUGCUUUGGCAACUGUUGGAAUGGGAGUUUAUGCUUUUUGAUAAUUUUAAAAUGUUUAAUGAAUAUUUUUUGCAACACUCCAAUACCAUAAUAAAUUAAAAGCUUAAGGUUAAAUCUACAGACUGAUCAUCUUUAAACACUAGUCAUUGCGGUUAAAAAAUAUGCACUCCAUUUAAAACAAGAGGAUUGAUUUUUUUCCCUGUUUUAGAACAUACUGUACAUAUAGACUGUUUAA